CGUAAUUAUUUAUGAUUACCUUCUUGCAGGCCGACGUGCUGGAGAGCUCGCAAUGCGAUCUCGUGACGAGCGUGCGAGACUGUCGAGACUACGAGCAGCUGCAGUGUCUCGUGGCCUCGAGUCUCGCCAGCCUCUCGUCUCGCUGUUUCCUCAACCACCGCCUCGUGUCUAAAUGCCUCAGCCUCCUCUUCAGCCUCUGCCACAGGCUGUGCGACCUCCUCUCUGACGCAAGUGUUGCGAAUAGUGCUGCAGUUGGUGCUGCACGUGGUGCUGCAGGUGGUGCUGCAAGUGGUGCUGCGCUGCAGGAGCUGAGCAGCGAGCUGAGCAGCUGCUGCAGCAGACUAUUCCUGGUGCUGAGCAGCAUGCAGCAGCUGCCUGGUCAGCACCACACGGCCAGUCUGCUCGACAGACUUGACUACAACCUGCACUACAGGCGAGAACAGCAGCAGCGCGGCAUUGCCGAGGAUUCAUCGGAAGCGUCCACUUCGUUGUAUUCAAACAUUCAAACUUAAGACAACUCCGACACACUCGAUUGUUUAUAUUCACACAUUCCGAUGUAUUAGAAAUUAUUUUGCCACGCUCCAUCUGUGUCGAUGGAAUGCAUUCUCAGAUUAUUUACGAGUAUUCGUAUUCCGUAAUUUUUUACCAAGUAUCCGCAUUUCGUAAUUUUGGUUCUGCUUACCGGAUAAUUCUUACGUAAAUCUCUAAUGUAAAUACUCGUCAGGAUAUCGCCCUUGGUUACAUUUUUACUGAUGCAAUCUUGCUGAGCGAGAAUUAUAUUUGUCUAUCUGUUGGAGAUAAAUUGACUAAACUAAUCAAUAUAAGGUGAAGAAUAAAUGCGUUAUAGAGUCCAAUAAACUGGAAGUGAUAUUUGAUAUAUUGAAUUUCAUUCAAGCAUCACACGAUUUCUUGUGCCAAUCAUUGUAUUUGUGCCAAACUUGAUAGCGCUUCGUUUUUUCCGUCUUUAAAUGUUCGACUCUCAACAUUUUAAUUAUUGUGUUUAAUAAAUUGAAUCUCACGUUUUGGCGUUGAAGUAAGUUGAACGUUACUC